GUUUUAGACUGUUUCAAAAUUUCCCUUAUUCUUCUGCUCUCUUCGUUUCUGCCUCAUACAUGCUUUGACAUUACAGUUUGCAACGAUAUAUGUAAAGUGUUGAGGAAUCCAGAUGUUGAAGUUGCUGAGGAAUGCGGCAUCCAUCCGAAUGAUUUCUCUGCUUUCCACUGUUAAAACUUUCUAUCGUUCAGAUCGUUUCAAUGCUCAUCGCGCAGCCAUUUCUCGAAUAAAGCGUGCCAAAUAUAUUCGGCAGUAUCACGUAACCCUGCUCCAUCCAGAUGGAUCAACAGUUCAGAUACGAGCUGCGGAACCUUUGGAUUUGAUUCAGAUGCCUUUUAACAUGGAUACUUUAACAGAUGAAGAACGUCGACACUUAGAAAUGAAGCGACAUAAAACUAAGAAACUCACGAAGAGACGGGAAACCGUAAGAUUUAAUGCUGACGAGUACAUUUAUUUAUGGCGGAAGAGCUCAAACAAACCGUAAGUAGCAUGCAGCAUUUUGGUUCGAUAAAAUAAUGUUUUUCUGGUCAUUAGUAAUGCGUGCAUCGAAGUGAACUUUUGGAAAAGUGGCAUACGAACUUUUAUCGAUUCUUGUGGACAUUCAAAACCAAUAUGACCUUUUAACUUGAAGACAGAGACUUUGGCUUGUAUAUUGUGAAUAAAAAUACUUUAUCUUCACACUUGACAAACUUAAAACGUCCGAUUUUUUAAGAUUUACUGGCAUUAAUUCCAGAUGUUGUAUUGUCGUGAAUUAUUCGAUUAUUACUGUUUGUAAACAGAAUUUUUUGUGAAUUCAAAUAUCGUCUUUUAUUAGUUUUUUUCACAGAAAGAAUUGCUCGCAUCAUUUUUUGAUAUUAUUAUACAUGUUCAACCUUUCCAGAAGUUUUUGUCUCCUAAUUUGUCCUACAUUUAUUGCUGUUUCCAAGGAAUGAUAACAAUUUCGUUGGCUC